GUGGCGGUGGCAAGAUGGCGGCCACGACGGCCUCGCCUCAGCCGCUGGAGAUGGAGAGGGCCGAGGCGGCGGGGCCGGCGGGAGAAGGGAGCGGCGUCCCCGCCGACCCCGGGCCGGGGGCCGAGGCGGGCGGCGGGGAGGCGGGCUCCGAGGCCGAGGACUUCGAGUGCAGCGAGCACUGCCCGGCGCUGUCGUGGAGGCAGAACGAGCAGCGGCGCCAGGGCCUGUUCUGCGACAUCACCCUGUGCUUCGGCGGCGGCCGCGAGUUCCGCGCCCACCGGUCCGUGCUGGCCGCCGCCACCGAGUACUUCACGCCGCUGCUGUCGGGACACUUCUCCGAGUCGCGCUCGGGCCGCGUGGAGAUGCGCAAGUGGAGCUCCGAGCCCGGGCCCGAGCCCGACACGGUGGAGGCCGUCAUCGAGUACAUGUACACCGGCCGCAUCCGCGUCUCCACCGGCAGCGUCCACGAGGUGCUCGAGCUGGCCGACAGGUUCUUACUGACACGUUUGAAAGAGUUCUGCGGCGAGUUCCUCAAGAAGAAGCUGAACCUCUCCAACUGCGUGGCCAUCCACAGCCUGGCCCACAUGUACACCCUGAGCCAGCUCGCCCUGAAGGCGGCGGAUAUGAUCCGCCGGAACUUCCACAAAGUCAUCCAGGACGAGGAGUUCUACACGCUGCCCUUCCACCUGAUCCGCGACUGGCUGUCCGACCUGGAUAUCACCGUGGACUCGGAGGAGGUGCUCUUCGAGACGGUCCUGAAGUGGGUCCAGAGGAACGCGGACGAGAGGGAGCGGUACUUCGAAGAGCUGUUCCAGCUGCUGCGCCUGUCGCAGAUGAGGCCCACCUACCUGACGCGGCAGGUCAAGUCGGAGCGGCUGGUGUCCGGCAGCGAGGUCUGCGCCCGCCUGGUGUCGGAGGCCGUGGAGCGCCACGCCCUGCGGGCUGAGGCCCUGCAGUCCGGCGGCCCCCCGCCGCCCCUCGCCCCCGCCGCGGCGGAGGGCUCCUCCCUGCCCCGCUACGGGCAGAACAUGGACGUGAUCAUGGUCGUCGGAGGGGUGUCGGAGGGCGGGGACUACCUGAGCGAAUGCGUGGGCUAUUUCAUCGCCGAGGACCGCUGGGUGAACCUGCCCCACAUCCACAACCACCUCGACGGGCACGCGGUGGCCGUGACCGAGUCCCACGUCUACGUGGCGGGGUCCAUGGAGCCCGGCUUCGCCAAGACCGUGGAGCGCUACCAGCCCAACCGGAACGCGUGGGAGCAGGUCUGCAACCUGACGACGCGGAAGCACUCCUUCGCCCUCGCGGAGGUUAAAGGGAAGCUGUACGGCAUCGGGGGCCACGGCAACUUCAGCCCCGGCUUCAAGGACGUGGCCGUGUACAGCCCCGAGCAGGACAAGUGGCACAGCCUGGAGUCGGCCCCGCGGAUCCUGCGGGACGUCAAAGCGGUGGCCCUGGAGGACCGCUUCGUCUACGUGGCCGCCCGCACGCCCGUGGACGGGGACAGUGAGGACGGGCUGCGGGCCGUGGUCACCCGCUACGACACCGAGACCCGGCACUGGCAGGACGUGGACUCCCUGCCGCUCCUGGACAACUACUGCCUCUUCCAGGCCGCCGUGGCCGGCACCAACUUCUACCACACGGCCUCCUGCUGCCCCCGGAGCUACGCCGUGGACCGCGAGGAGGCCCGGCGGAAGAGCGCCACCCGGCCCUCGGCUGAGAUCCUGGAGAGCCUGCCUCCGGAGGUGCUGGGCGUCGAGGGGGCCGCCGUCUGCUACUACAGAGACGACGUCUUCGUCAUCGGCGGCUGGAAGAACAGCGACGACGUCGACAAGCAGUACCGCAAGGAGGCCUACCGCUACUGCGCCGAGCGGGGCCGCUGGCUUCUGCUGCCGCCCAUGCCCCAGCCCCGCUGCCGGGCCACGGCCUGCCCCGUCAGGAUCCCCUACCGCUGCUUGCACGGCGCCCAGCGCUACCCCAUGCCACAGAACCUCGUCUGGCAGAAGGACCGCAUCCGCCAGAUGCAGGAGAUCCACCGGCACGCGCUCAACCUGCGCAGGACGCCGCGCUCCCAGAUCGAGUGCUGACCCCGGGCGGCGGGGGGGAGGGCGCUGGGCUCUGGACCCCGGGGGUUGGGUCUGUGGUGCAGGCGUCCGGACGCCCCUUCCAGUGAUACCCCCGUUGCUUGUCGAUGCCAUCUGGGGGAAGUGCGGGUGCGGCUUGCUCUCGUCGCUUUCUGCCGUCUCCACUGUGUGUUUGCACGUUGCGUGCGUAUGUGGGGUUGUGUGUGUGUGUGUGUGUGAGAGAGAGAGAGAGAGAGAGAGAGAGAGAGAGAGAGAGAGGUUCUGGUCUUAAGGGUUUACUUGUGGUGGGACGUGCACUAAGCAUGACUUUUUUGAUUUGCACUUUGACCUGGCUCUCCCUCUAACUGUUCAUGGAGGAGGGACUGGGGCACGGGUUGGCAAGGGGGACCGGGCUCUCCCCCUCCUCGGGCUGAGGAGAAGCACAACCUCUCAGACGGGGCUGACUCCAGGCAGCCUCCCUGACUAGUGGUCCGUAGGCGUCUUUGUCCAGAGGCACUGGCAUUUACGGCCUGGGAAGAGAGCGGGAAAAGCUUUCUCGAGGCGGGGAUUUGGCACUCGUACUCUCUCCCCGGCGUAGGGACGCAGGACGGGUUCAGUGGGCAGCCAGCCGGAGCGGCCGCUGACGGCACCCGGGUUCCUCAGCCGGUUGCUGGCGGGCCAGGAGAGAAUCCGGGUGUUGGGACGGCCGGCUGAGGGACCCACCGUCGCCCGCUGAAGGCAGGCCGGAAAAGCGGGCGAGGCAGCCAGACUCCUGGGUGGCUCAGAGCCCGCGGUCGGUUCAGACCACCUGGGUGAGCUGCUGCCGAGCCGCAUCCACCCCCUCUGUGUUACCACCCCUGCCCCCCUCCCGCUCCUCCCCCUCCCACACACCUCUGACAAUCAACCAGCCACGGUGCCUUCGAUCUUCCAGGGGGGCAAGUUGGGGGCCGAUGAAAUGGCAGUAACUGCCAAGGGCCGCCGUUCUGACCGUCUGCCCGGCCGCCAGCGGCCGCAGGAGUCAGCCUAUCGCAUCCGUCGCUGCCUCUCGCCCAACCCCCACCUCUUUUGGAGCGGGGCCGGGGGCUGGCUCUCUGGCUGGCCGGCUAACGGACCUUCCGGCCACGACGCUGCCACUGCGUUUGUGGGAAUGGUCAGAGGCCUGGAAUUCCUCAGGAAGCUUUCCCCAAAGCCGGUCUCAGGUUCCCCGUGCCUCCCAGGCACUGGCUAGUGGGUCUCCAUCAUGCAAGCGAGGGACUGGACCUCUGGCGGGCUGGGACCUCUUCCCCUGCAGCUAGAAGAUGUCGUUCUCCUCCAGUCCUUGUCCCGGGAGGCGGGAAGGAGUCAACGCUUCCAGAGAGUAACGAGCUCCCGGCCUGUGGCACAACCACCUAGUCACAAAGGGGCCUUCUGGAGUGUAGGGUCCUUUAGCCUCCAGCGGGCACCCCCAGGCACCUGCCUCCAGGCUGGAAGGAGAAGCACAAUUCUGGGCCGAGGUUGGCUCGUAGGCCUUUGUCCGAGUCAGUGAGCUGUCCGACCCAAGCCCUCAGCCUUCCGCCACUGGAGCAGAUUUUGGGUAGGGGCAGGGUGAAACCAGGGAUCGGGCUAUGGCCAGCCCUUGAGAAUAGGAGAAAGGGGGCAGGGAGCCGGGAGCCUGGGCAGCAGGGGGAGUGGCUGCCCAUUCUUGGCGAAGGAUGCCGCAGGCCUCUGCCUUAGAACCCAAAUUGUUUUACCAGACCUCGGGGGCCACAGUUUCCUGUUACUCCUGGGUGGAGGCCCUGAGGGUCUCAGUUUCCUCUAGAGCGGUUAUGGCCCAGGCCAUGACUGUGGGGAAGGGAAGAGCUCCAUCGGCAUGGUUUGUGAGGGAGCCUCGGGGGCUCUCUCAGUUCUGUGUCUCCCUGGCAUGGCGGUAUCUUGGGUGCCGGGUUCCUCAAACUGACCCGUGAAGGGGAUCCAUUAUGGCCCUUGCUGGCAAGGGCGAGAAGGAGUUCUCUUGGUAGGCUGGAGGGUGUUUCUGGGGUAAAUCGGAUUUGAAUCCAGGACUGAAUCAUGAGAGAGUGGGCGUGGUGGUAGGUAGGGAGUCCUGGAGUUGCCGGGGGGACUGCCCAGCCUUGGCAGUACCCCUGGCUCCUGCACUUAAAUUUGUGGGUGACCCAGCUGGCAAGGUGGCAGAUUUAAUCUCACUGUCCCCCUUUGGCGCUGCUCCCCUCUUCCCUCCCUCCAUCUCCAAGACUUGCUGGGCUGGGGAAUAGACUCACUCCCCUGCUUCCCCACCACCCCCCUCCCCCCAAAAACACCUGGGUGCGGUGGCGCUGUGCCCACGCUGGGCACAGGAACAUCAACCCUAAGCCCCAGGUGGGUCAGCCUGGUAACCGUGGGCAUGCAUGUGUGCACCUUGUUGCGGAACUACCUCCCCUCGGGGCUCCUUCCCUCCCCACCCCGACCACCAGUCCGAACGGUCAGAACAGCCGGCCGUUCCGCCAAACUCAGCUGUAGCGAUGAGCUUGGGCUGGUUGGGUGAAGACACUGUGUGUUUGGACCAAAAAUCCCUGUCUCCUAGUACGAAACGGAGCGGAGGCAGGGGAUUGGGGGGACCCCUCUUCCCCAUCCUAGAAUCUCACAAUUGGUUUCCUGGACCACAUGUAUGUGCAUGCAUGUGCCUCUGUGUGCAUGCGUGUGGGUGUGAGUCUUGUCUUGUGUAGCUCAGUAAUCUGUCUGAAACACUCCACGCCGCUCCGGUCACAGGCUAGCUGUGGCCGGCCUCUUCGGGCCUUGUGCUCACCGCUGUCUCACUGGGACCACCGUAGCCACAGCCAUUUGCUGCCCCUUGAGAAGCAGGCCCUGGGGCUGCUGCCCACACUCCGGCCUGAGCCCCUCCUUGGGAGGACAGAGGCCACCACGGGGCCACAGACGAACUCCCGGGGGCGCCUCGGCCCCUCCUUUUCCCUCAGCAGUGGAUUCCGUGGCCCACCAUGUCCCAGCAGGCCGAGACGACUCCCGGGAUGGACCUGGCCGAGGGGGCAGGCUGCCGGCUUUUCCCUCCCCGGGAUCACCUCAGAACCACUACCCUGGGGCACUUGGGACCAGACUGUGGCUUCCCACCGAGAGCUCCUGGGCAGCUGUGGUCACCGUGCACGGUCCUGGGGCAGGGCGUGGCCACAGCCCUCAUGAGAACGCGAGUCCCGUCGCAGAUCUGCACUUCAAGCUGAGGCAGCCUAGUGCGGGGCGUCCCCCCGUCCGAGGGUCCCUAGCCCAUGGAUAUGGCUGUUGUUUUGUGUGGAUUCGGGGUGGGCUCUGCCAGGCCCUCAACCUCCCCAGCCGGCACGUGGAGGAGCCCGGAGCGCUCUCCACGGCAACUGCUCUGGCUCCCACUCCGGAGGACGGGCCUCUCGGUUCGGGGCUCUUGCUGAGAGCCAGCAUUUCGGUUCAUGGCGUGUACUCACUACCGACUCCGUGGUUCUCAGAUGUUGGUUUGUGCAAAUAAACUUUAUUUCUCUAA